CACGCUUCAAUUGCAACAAGAGAUAUGAGUCUGUUGUGGUUCAGUGUACUCGUAGACGCACCGUCCGUCUCCAUCGUGUCGAGUUUUCUUCUGUACUAGUACUAGCUGACAGUGACAGCAUUGCUUCCCAUAGAAUUCGAACUGAAAACCAUCAUCCGAAUCUAGUACGCAGUAUCAAUCUUACGGCGGGCCGAGCACGUCUUUGCAGUACUAGUUGCUGCCACAUACUACAUUGUCGGUUCUGGUGCCCUCUGUAACACAUGCUCAGAAGAACGAGAGCUGUAGUCGUCGUAGUAGCCUCAAAACUCAUCGUCGUAGCUCCAAAGAGUAAAGAAGCUGUAAAAAAAAAGCUGCGCCAUCACCUGAGGCUUUGGAUUCACAUGUCAUCCUCCUUGUGACUUUUUGCGUUCCCUGAAAACUUGAAAAGAAGCUAUAGAGUAAUCUACUUCCGCUAAAUGGAGGAACACGCGUGCAAUCAUUCCUUUUGCGGCUGAACGGAAAAUGCCAUGGAGCAUGGGGAGUUUGAUAGAACUGCAGGCGUCUUGCAGCUCCAGCAGUACGACGAGUCGACUUUCGAUACCUCCGCAGGACAGCACACGGCGCCCCCAGAGUUGUUGGACAACAAUACUAGUACAACAGGAGCAAAUGACGGCGAUGCACCAGAACAGGAAAGAAAUAGGGCAAAUAGCCCGCCAUCCUUUGCUCCCGUCAUGUACCCGCUCGCCUCUAGUUCAACUUCCCCCGCCGCAGGAGGUGCGACGUCCCGAUUUCAUAUGUCCGGCCAACCUGCGAAUCAGGGCUACAUCCUCACCACCAUUCCCUCCCCGAGCAGCGCCACCCGUGGGCUGGGCGAAGAACCCGGGCCCCCGCCGCAGGGGUCGCCCGUCAUGGCACGACCCCCGGCGAUAUCAAAUGUAAAAAUGUCUGGGUCUGGAAGAUUCUGAGACUUGUCAUGCAUGUUUUGCAUUGGCCAUGAUGUCUGUGAUGCAUGCCCUAGCAUCACAGAUUUUUUGAGGGCUUCGCGAUGCCUAUUCUGCAUGACAAAUGCCCUCUCCGCGUAGCAAAAAUUGCAUUCCCUUUGCUGCUCAUGCAAUACAGAUUUUCUUGGAAUCCAAAUGCAGCAUCAUUCUUCCAGACCCAGACAUUUUUACAGUUGAUAUGCGAUUGAUACGGCGACUGCCGCCUCGCAGCAGGAGACGGCCGACGCGGAAAUGGCCCGGCGACUGCAGGCACAGGAGAUGCGACCACCCCCACCGAUACCAAAUGUAAAAAUGUCUGGGUCUGGAAACUUGUGAUGCUGGGUGGCGUCUCAUGAUGAGGCUACAGAUGCUGGCUCAGCAUGACAAGCUUCUGAGCUCCUAGGUGUUGCCUAUUCUGCAUGACAAACUGCGCUCCUGCAUGACAGAAAAACGGAGCUCUUGGGUAAUGUGCAUGACAGAUUUAAGAGUCAUGCCAGACAAGCAUGACAAACAUGAAUUCUUCCAGACCCAGACAUUUUUGCAGUUGAUAACCGAACAUGGUGAUCGGAAACCCGGUUUUGCACGCCGUGGACCGCGACGGCAUCGCCGGUGGGGUGCCGACGGAAAGUCCGCACCAGGGGGCCCGCAUCAUCGCGCACUCCCCCGGGGAUCCCACCAGCGGCGCGAUCCUGUUUCUCGCCACCGCGCCCUCGCGGGAGGAGCAGAGGCUGGUACAGCUGUAGAUGCUACAACACGUCGAUGUUUGUGUGUCGCUUGAAAAAGGCCGACUCAUACGAGUCGCUUUUUUUUUUUUGCAUGUAGUUUGCUACGAGUACGAAGCGCGUUUCAACGAGAAAUUGCGAUUGGAAUGCAAAGAACUUCAUAUCCAAUCUCGCAUAUUCUUCGCCCACACCAUUUCAGAUCCGAGUCCUCUACUACUCCGGCACCGUCCAGUGCAUUGUGCUGCUCAAUUUCGUGUUCACCUUUGUCUCCAUUAUGUACCCGUCGCCGUACAAGACCGCCCUGGCUAUGAUAGCCCCGCUGGGUCUCUCGGGCUUCGUUGGCGCUCGGAAAUUCAGCGCCCCCUGGCUGACCGUCUACCAAGGGUACCUCUUCAUCGAACUAGGUCUUCGCGCCUUCAUCGUGUUCGAAACCGAGGACGAAGGACAAGAGCGGGAGGACAACCAAAGCUCGCGGUUUUUCUGGGUAUCGAGUGUUGAUGAAAAAUCUUUCUGCAUUGAUGAAAUAGUGAAAAAACAAAAACAAAAAGCCCACCUAUAUUUAUAUCUUUCACAAGAGCUGCAAGAAGCCACAUGAAGAUAUAACAAAAAUUUAUCACAGCUCUUCCUUUUUGCGAUGGUGAACAUGUACAUUUUCGUGAUUGUGAUGCGGUUGAAGGCCUACAUUACGCAACUUUCCGCCGACGAUAUUCGGGACCUCACCAGGGGCGACAUCAAUUCUCGUGGGCGCAGGAGGGCGCCGAUGGGCUUGCAGUCGGUUCGGUAUCCGCCCUACGCAACGCGCUGAAGAGAAUGGGGUGACAAAGAAAGGGGGUGGAUUUACUUAUUCGCCGGCCGCAGCACUGUGCGUCAGGUUCAGCAGAAAUUAUGUUCCGGACAAGGAUUGAUUCGUAGUUACCACGCACGGAUCGACAGUCCGAAUCUUUGAAUAGUCGACGCGAAUUACCUGGAGCGGUCAGGUCUCUGAUGAACUUGGCAACAGAGUGUGAACAUAUUUAUCUGAUACGCAGUUCUUUCAUGGAAUUUGAAUGUAUGAAGAGGGGCAAGGCCGCCAAGUGCAGAAAGCAGCGGGUGUCUUGUAAAGUGUUAAUGUUCCACUUCCAGGAGCUACUGGUUUGAACGCCAAAGAGCGUGCCCCAUAUACUAGAUAAGAAGCAAGAAAGAUGUGGGUGAUCCUCGCGAUGUCACGUUUGACCUUGGCAAGAUCGAUCGUUUCUCUGUGUCGACGUUUUGUGAAGAUCCGCUCUGUUUCACAUGUACUUUCAUUACAUCGAAGGCGAUGCUGGUCGGCAUUUUUCACAACAGAAGGCAUUUGGAAGCGACAUGCUGCAGCAAACUUCUAGUGGAGCUCAAGCUUUUUUACAUUCAUCAAAAAUAUCUGGUCGAUGGUUCAACUGUAUCGAGUGAUAGAGAUAGUACACAGUAGAAAUCUUGUUCUUUCAGAACGAUCAUUGUAGUUGUGACACUGAUAAAAAA